UAACAACCAUUUCGUGUGGUUAUAAAUAAAUUUCAUAAGCAAGAAAAGAUAUAACAAGAAUUAGUUAAACCACUGACCCAAAAAAAAGAAUUAGCUAAACCAUUCGAAAGUGUGUAAGAGAUCGAAUUGUAUGAAGAUGGGCGCCUCAAAAAGUUUAAUUGUAUUCACCAUCGCCGUUUUCAUGGUGAUUUCCUCCAUUCAUUGCCAAACAAAUAAUCUUGAUACCGGUAUUCUGGCACCGGACGAGGCCUCUAAUACACUUUGCUACAAUCCUUGCACUUAUAAACUCGGCAACAACGAGUGCAAAGCGAUUUGUGUGGAUAAGAAAUACAAAGACGGUUCUUGUAUUGGUUUUGGAAUUCCCCCCACUGCGAAAUAUUGUUGUUGCAAUAAUUGAUUAAUUUAUAGUUAUAUGAGACGUUGAGAACAUAAACCAAUAAUAACAUUGAUAUGUAUUAUAUCUCUUGAAUAAAAGUAUUAUUUUUAGAUCUUUUGAGAUUAA